AUGUCAUCCCGGCACGGAACAUCCUCAACUGGCAAUGUAUGCCUCUACUUCCUCGCGAUCUUCAUCCCGCCCAUCGCGGUGCUGCUACGCUCCGGCUGCGGCGCGAGCUUCCUGAUCAACAUCUGCCUGACGAUUCUGGGCUGGAUCCCGGGCAUCAUCCACGCCUGGUAUGUGAUCUCUCGGCGUGAGCGCACAGUGGUCGUCCGCACGUCCAAACCCGUUCGUCAGCCUAUCAUGGGCGGCGGCGGCGUCGGCGUCGGCGGGAUGCAUGCCCACGGCCAUCAUGGGAGACCCGCUAUGGCGCAGCGGAGGAGACGUUGGUAG